AUGCGCGUGGUGGCUCUUGUGAGCGGUGGCAAGGACAGCUGCUAUGCCAUGAUGGAGUGUGUGCGCUUCGGCCACGAGAUCGUGUGUCUAGCGCACUUACAUCCGCCGUCGGAGCUCUCGGCCGACGACGCCGAGAUCGAUUCGUUCAUGUUCCAGAGCGUUGGCCACCAGACUGUGGGGCUCAUUGCCGAGAGUAUGGAGCUGCCGUUGGUUUCAGAAACCAUCACGGGCACUGCAGUCGCCACGGACAUAAACUAUCACGAGUCUGCUAGUGGUGACGAGGUCGAGGACCUGUUCCGCUUGCUGCAGAAGGUCAAGCAGCAGUUCCCGGACGUCCAGGGCGUCUGCACCGGCGCAAUCUUCUCCAGUUACCAGCGCAACCGGGUGGAGAAUGUCUGCACGAGACUAGGGCUCACGUCGUUGGGCUACCUGUGGCGUCGCGAACAGACCGAGUUACUACAGGAGAUGGUUGACUCGGAGAUGGAGGCCAUUCUAAUCAAGGCGGCGUCUAUUGGACUGCAGCCCCGGAGGCACUUGGGAAAGACAAUUGCGGAGCUGCAGCCUCAACUCAUGAUGCUGAAGGAGAAGUACCAGAUGAACGUUUGCGGAGAAGGUGGCGAGUACGAGACAUUCACGCUUGACUGCCCGUUGUUCAAGAGGCGCAUCGUCAUCGAUGAGAGCCACACGGUGCUCCACUCGGACGACUACAUCGCGCCUGUGGCCUUCUUGUCGAUAGACAAGUGCCAUCUGGAAGACAAGGAGCGUGCUGACCCAUCGCACUUGGCCUCUAGAGUCCCCGAGACUCCUCCCACCGAGUCAGUCAUCGUGCCUGCUUUCGGUCAGUUCCGCGACCAGCUGCAUCUUUCGGGCAUCAUGAGCAGCCAGGCUGGCGACCAAUCAGUCACUCUGGAGGAGGAAAUGACAGAUGUUAUCGCUCAACUGGAGGCUAUCCUGAAGAGCCAAAAGAUGGUGCUAGCUGACGUGUGCUUUGUGCAUCUGUACGUCCAAGAUAUGGCCUCCUUCGGACAACUCAACGCCGAGUACAUCCAGCACCUGGGUCAAAAUCUGCCUCCUUCCCGCAGCUGUGUGGAAGUGAAGGCGCUGGCAAAUGUCCCCGCUCGUGUUCUCUUGGAUUGCCUCGCCUUACGCGGCAGUGGCGUACAGAAGCUGCAGUCUCUGCGUGUGCGCCGUGACGUUUUACAUGUAAAGAGCAUCUCAGCGUGGGCUCCUUGCUGUAUUGGUCCCUACAGUCAAGCGAAUGUGCUGCACCGAGCGCUUAUAUUGUUGGCUGGACAAAUCGCUCUAUACCCUCAGACGAUGGAGCUAGUACCAGGUGACCGUGCAGCUCAGACACUACAAUGCUUUCGCAAUGCCUGUCGCGUCUUGGAAGCUCUUCAAUCGAACUUGCGUCACGUGUGCUCUGGUGUCAUCUACACCACCGGAGACCUGGACGAUCAUGAAGCUCGGGAGCGUCUGCUAGUCGAAAGUCGACGUCAUUUGCUUACCAACGCCGAACUGAUGGAUGAGUUUGAAGAUGACAACGACAGUGACGAGAGUGACGAAGAAGUGGACAAGAACGAGGCGCGCGUGGAGUUCGUCAAGGAGGCUCCUUUGCUGGUUGUUCAGCUGUCACGCUUGCCACGUAACGCCCUGGUGGAAGUGGAGCUCCAGGCACUCACGCACAUUGCGCUGAAGUAUCUGGUGCCUCGUAGCUUUACGAGCACAAUUGUUUCAAACAACAUGCGCUUCGACUGGCAGAGUAGUAUAAUUCCACGAGCGUUGUGCCAGAUCAUGUGUACUGCAUCCGCCGUUGCUGAGGGCAUCUGGGCGUGUGCACUGGACUGCCUGGUGCAAGCUAUGAUGUCCUGGGACCGUGUCAUUCACGUACGCACCUUCUACGUGGCAACAGCGUUCUCAAGCGAGGUGGAGCUGGCCAAGGCAUAUCACAGGACUGUAACUGCACGAGGGAAGGUCAAGAGCAUGCCGGGGAUGACGUUUGUGCCUGUGGACGCCAUCCAGGGCAAUGCUGUGGCUGCGCUUCAGGUGACGGCACAGGACCUGGACAAGAUGGAGACUGAGCUCUGGCUGCACAAGCAGAUCUAA